AGCACCAAAUAGCAAAUAGCAAAUACCACAUAGCAAAUACAACAGUAUGCGCUCAAUGAUGACCUCUCUUGUUGCUUUGUUCACUUUACGCAGCGCGAGCGAUGACGUCAACCAACACGCCGACACGUCUGGGAACGAUUGACGAAAGAGCCCUCGACACUGUUGGUGGUGCCGUUGCCGAAGUCAUGGCGGCCAUCGCCAACUUCACCUCGGAGAUAUUCGUCGAGUCCUCAACGCUGCCCGGCGUGAGGCGAAACAUGUCCUCGAGGCGUCAGCGCGUCAUCCCCACGCCUGUCCGCGCGUCGAUGGCCAUUGAGGUGCUGGACGUUCUCAAUGCCGUCUACAUGCCAGCCGUAAUCUACCUGGGGCUCGUCGGAAAUGUCCUCUCCUUGAUCACCUUCCUGUUCACCAAGCUUCGGAGUCGCACAUCCAGUCUUUACAUGGGGGCCCUGGCCGUGUCCGACUCAGGCUUUCUCAUCAUGCUGUCCUUCGCCUGGCUCAACGAACGCGGAAUCAACGUACACCCGUAUGGACUCUGUCUCGCCACCGUAUUCUUCACUUCGGCCUUCGCGAGCUGGUCGGUGUGGCUGACGGUCAGCUUCACGGCCGAGCGGUUCGUCGCCGUGCGCUACCCACUCUGGAAGCUGCAGACCAGCUCGCCGACCCGGCGGCCCCGCCUCGUCAUCGGCGGCACUGCAGUACUCAGCGUCGUGGUCAACGCUCCCUUGUUGGUGUUCGUGCGAGUCGGUCAGGAUGAGCUGCGCGACUGCAGUAUUCGCCCCGAAUACGAGAGUGCACUCUACCACCUGAACAUUCUGGACACGGUGCUUACCUUCAUCGUACCUUUCCUGCUGAUUGCGUUCAUGAAUUUCAUGAUUUGCCGCGCCAUCUACCUAUUCUACGCUCGCUACAAGAAGCAGCGGUGCAUCCCGCUAUGCCAGAUGGACUCCAAAGACUUUAGUGCUUCUUCAACCAGCAGACGCAACGGCGAAUCGGUGGUCUCCCAGGACGGCACGAUCACCGCGACCAGCGGUGGUGGUAUCGCUCAUGCUACUCAGAUCAGCGUCACGCGCAUGCUCCUGCUCGUCUCCUCGGUCUUCAUGCUGCUCAACCUGCCGAGCUACGUCAUGAGGAUUUACGUCUUCCUGCUGGCGCUUGGACACUCAGAGCUCCCUGACCCUGAGCACAACAGUCUGCCUUACGUGCUGCAGCGCUAUUUCAUGCUCCUCUACUACACCAACUUCGCCAUCAACUUCGUCCUCUACAACGCCAGCUCUCGAAUGUUCCGCAUCACGUUGUGCGAAUACGUGCAGGGCCGAUGGUUGGCGCUGCGCGAGUCCAUAGCAGGCAAUCGGUCGAGCUUCGGCCGUUCCUCUACGAGCCAGAAAGAAGACAUCAUCAUUUGAACAUUCCAGCGUCCAUGCGCCGGGACGAUGCAGUGAUCCAACGUUCGGCAUUGCGUGAAGCCCGGCCGCCUCGUUGAAGGCUUUUGCUCAUUCAUUCGACGCCAGCCCCGCGAUAAUGUGUCGCGAUGAUGGUGACCUGCCGACAAUGGUUUAUUUUUUUCUAAGGAAACAUAGAACAGCAACAAUCCGUUCAAGAGCCUUAAGAUUCUAGGGAGCUUUUCCCACUCUUCCAUGCUCAGGUGUGGUUUUGUCGAAACCUCCUAGACGUCCUGGGUACAGAACGGACACCUGCCGGGGACCACUAAAGUGUCAUUGUUCAUCGCUACUGUAAUCAAGAGCGAGCGCCUCCCUGUAGUGCAUAAGCAACAACGUGUGAACUGUCAUCAUAGCUAGAUUUGGCGAUUACUAAGUAUAGGAACGUUCACGCGACCGAAGAAAUUCAUUGCGAAGUACCAAAACAGUAUUGUGGAGAUACCGCUCAGAAUGCCGCAAUCGCACAUACCUAGGAGUGUGGCAAGACAUCGUUGAACCUCUGUUGUGAGCCUGACGAACUAGUCGCGCAAACCUGUGCUGGUGCUCUAAUGUGUGAUCGUGGGCAACAUCGUCAGUAUGGUUUUUUUUUUCGCUACGAAGAGUUAUUUACAAAUGGCGGAUUGCCUUAUUCAUGACUUGAAGCUUAGAACCUAUGAGUUGAUGUCCAAGAAACAAACGUCGUUACUGAAAAACAAACAUAGCUCUUUAGCUUCCUCAUUGUUGUGAUAUCUAAGAAUGAAAUGCUUCGUUCUGUACAGUAAUAACCGGUGAUGCUUGCGAGCUUGUACCUUACAUAAUCUUUGUGUAGUUACAUCCUAUAAACAGGUUGAUCUCAUCCCUAAAGUCCACUGGCACGGAUAUUUUGCUAGAAGUAAGAAUGUGGUAAAUAGAGAUGAUGCGUGAAUGGGCGAGGUAGUGUUCACAUAAAGGGAGGAACAGGGUGCCUUAGGGGAACGUCACUUGAGCGUUCUAUUGUGAUAGCAAUUAGAUGAACACUCCAGGCGCAAUUCUUCCCUCGUCGACGGCGUCGCCAUCGCCGUCCUUAUAAAAUCCAAUGGCGACAACAUCGUUGCCGCGCGCCGUAUCCCGUUUGUGCGAGUGCAAGCGUGCGAGGGUGAGCCGACGACGGUGGCUCAAUACGCGUGCGCGCGGGAGGAAAGCGAGGAGGAGGCGCGCUGUCUUCCGUCGCGCGCAAGGUCCCGGAGGAGGGGAGGGAGGGAGGCGUUCUAUUCGGCGGUGACUGCGUAUGGCGCGACGGUGCGGGCCCUGUCUUCAAAGCAAUCCGCGAAGGGGGCAGAGUGCGCCGAGUGCUGAUAGCUUCGUGUGCGCUGUGUUCUCGCCACUUAGGUCGUGUCGAAGCGAGAGGCAGCAGGAAGGUCAAUUCGCUCGUUGCUGCUACUGUGCUUUCUCACUGCAGCGUUUUAACAGCGGAAGUGCACGGUCAUUGUGCGAGAUGCGUUGAUAUUUGCUUGUGUGUGUGUGUGACACCAUGCUUGUAAAUUUUCUUGAUAAGCCAUCGUUUACGAGUUUACACGACUGAUAAAACUGCUAUCAGUACUUCCUAUGCCUGCCUACUAAUUACCUGUCGUCAUCGAUGCUUAACCUAUAGGGCGAAACUUAACUUUUUUUUCGUACAUAAAUUAAACCUACAUUUGAAGCACAGCUUCCAGGUUUUAUAUAUAUUCAGAACAAUAAACCAAGAAAUUAGCACUCGCUGUUUGCUAAACAUAUCAAGUGAGACAGCCGUGAAAGAUAUCACAGUGCCAAGAUGCUGCAGACAUUGUUGAUGCCGCAGAAUAAUUUACAGGUUGUCCUGUGACUAGCUUGUCCCCGAUGUUCCCGACAGCACCGCUCAAACAUGACACAUGCCCGUAUCAUUUUCCCGACGGAUGGAAUUUACACCCAUCUGUAUGAAUGAGGUGACGAUAGCCUAAUGACGGUUUGUGGUCGCGCUGAUUUAGCGAAAAAUACUCUCGUCCUUGAGUCUAUUUGGGGUGUUGUUUAAAAGAAACUGCUCACUUUUCAUCCCAUGUCUAACACAGGAUAGUCUGUGCUGUUCAUUGGGCCUCUGCUUUAUUUUGCAGCUUCGUACAGUCAUGCUAAUACUCGCAGCUGACUUUUCAGGCGCGUCAUACUGCGAGCAAUGAACAUAAAAAAAGUUGCGACAUGAACAAAGAAACUCCCUGCUCUGAAUUAGGUACUACUGUAAGUUCAGGUCUGGUUCUGGCGAAGACACCAUUUAAAUUCCAGGUUUUGCUUGGUAGGUGACGUGCAAAUCCGCUUUCUCGUGGUUUCUGUAUAUUUUAGUGGCAAUAAGAAGAAAAUGUGGGCACAACUCUCUGAAGUUUGAAUACGUAAUCAUGGGGUGAGUUUAUUGGAAAUCAUGUAAGGACCACAAACACAUUUCAUGUGUUACUUUAGGGCAACACACAUGACGUUUUUUUUUUUUAUGUUGUCAAGAAUUCAUGACGUCCCAACGUUACAUUGAGGUCAGAAGACCAGGCGUAGUUCCCGACCGUUCACGACCGUGCGUGCAAAUUUAAAGACAAGUGCUUUGGUAACUUAAAAACGUUUUACCUUCUUUCGGAGACGCAGAUUGCAUACGGCAUUUCUGAUGCGCCAGCUGCCAUCUCGAAGAAAUGAGUUCACUUGUGAUAGCAGAUUGUGCCUUUCUUAAUAUUACUCAUUGCCGGGUAUUUCCGUGUUUUCACGUUCUCACCCUAAAGUUUUGUUGCGAAUCUCGUACUUUAAAGAUACUCCUAUCUUUUUAUAUUCGGUCACAGUUCCACGUUGUUGUGAAUGCCUUCCCUGUUACUUUACUCGUUUCCGCGAGGUAUAACAUUGUUUCUGAAAUAUUUAUGUGUUCUGAAGAACCAAGGGUACCGCUGCAAGAAGCCUCAUGUUUUUGAAGGAUCCUUGUGAGCGUUUCUAAAGGUUCAAGUUCCGCGUUAUUUUGACAUAAAACAUGCAUAUAUAAUGUCAACGUGAGCUUUGACUAUUGCUUGUUACGAUGGUAAGAAAGUUGUUGUGACGUGACUGGUUCACCCUCUUUCAACAUGUUGAAUGAAGCUCCGGCUGAAAAAUUUUUCUUCGACAAAAUUACCACUAAUGGAUGAUUUGCUUUUCCUAAUCCAAAUUUUCGUCAAGAAUAAGCAUAGACCGAUAAAUAUGUAGAUACGAACCAAAUAAAAAAAGCUGGUAUAUGCUAAUGAUCUGAAUAAGUAAACAGAAACAUAAUGAACGUUCUCACUGCCUAGGCAAACGCAUAACUGAAAAUCACAACUAACAUUUCAAAUGCAUCCUUUCAUAUUGACAGCGUGCAAUGUUUACCUUUUGUCCUGCGACAGUGUUACCAAUAUAUAGGGUCUUGUGAAGCCACGUUGAACUCUUCUUGCGAUAAUUUAGUGUUAAGGCAGAAAACUAGGAACGCAAUAAUAAAACACGCAUUGUGUUUUACAUAUUUAUUACAUAUUUACAUAUUUAUAUUACAACAUUUACAUAUGUUGUUUAUACGUUUUCAUAAACAAACAAAACUUUCCUAAAUUUCCUCUCGGGUGAAGUUUCUCGUUAAUAUUGUAAUUAUUCCGUUCCCUAAUCUCGGGCUCCCAUAUUGUCUCAUGGGGCAGUGUCAAAAAACAAAAAUAACUUAUUUAACUUGGACCACUGGACCUUUCAUUUGAAAAUAGACAAUCUGCAGUAAGCAACUUCCAUUAUGAGGAUCAUUUCGAGCAUUAUCGCCAUAUCAUGUGGCCCGAGUUAAGUACGUCGUGGCUCAGAAUAACGUUUUUCUUUAUCAUUAUAGAACCGCGGGCACCCAGUCGAUGAGGUGAAUCAAACAGCAAAAAGGCGUGUCGGUGUGAUAUUGUUUCCUACGAGCGAAUGCAUACAUUACCGUAACACCACGUGUUGUCCGCAAGUGAGAUCACCACUUCACUUCCUUGUCAUCUUGUCCUCCAUACCUCUGUAAGUGUCCCCUGGUGUUUACUUAGUGUUCUGUGCUAAGUUCAAUGAGGGGUUCGUCGUAUGCUGUAAUAAAAACAAAAGUUUGA